AUGAGCUUGCCACUGAGAGAAAAAGCAAUCAACGACAUCGACCCCCUCAGCUCCGCUGCCAUCUACUACGGUGUCGACGGUCAGAAACUCAACCAUUCUUUCCGAGCGAGAACCUACUCUUCAAAGUGUCCGCAGAACCAGAGCGAGCUUCCAUCUACUCUAUUUCAGCAGAGAAAACCUCACCGCCGCGGCAGUCAUGACGAAGUCUCGUUGCGGCCCGCCAAGUUCAUCGUUAAUGUCGAUUCGACCUUGAAGCACCUAGCAGAACAAGAGGAUACAGAUGGCAAUUGGCAGAUCACUAUUGAGGAUCAGGGACCGAAGGUUCUCUCCCUGGGAACCCUUGCUUCGAACGGGUUCAAACGAGCAGAUAUCCGAGGUACCUACAUGUUGUCGAAUCUCUUACAGGAACUACACUUAGCCAAGGAAUAUGGACAUGCGUCGGUUGUGCUGGAUGCGGCUCGAUUGAGCGAGAAUCCUGUUAUGCGUCUGGCUAGACUGAUUAAAGAUACGUUCUGGGAUGGGCUCACAAGAGUGAUUGACGGGUCUGUCAUUGAGGUGGCAGGCAGAGACCCUAAAGACUGGACAUCAGACCCGCGACCGCGCAUCUACGUACCCCGCGGAGCUCCUGAACAAUUCGAAUACUACACAAAGGUCGCCAAUGAUAGACCAGAUGUCCGCUUGGAUGUCUGUUGGUUGCCGGAGAAGAUCACAACGGAUUCUGUUCGAGAUAUGAAUGCCAAACCUGGCCUUCUGGCUAUAGAGAUGCAGAAAGUCAAGGAUCCGGCUACAGGUGAGAUGACAUUGAAAGGUCUUCCAUUCGUCGUUCCAGGCGGCCGUUUCAACGAGCUUUACGGCUGGGACAGCUAUAUGGAGUCCCUUGGACUGAUUGCCAACGGCAGAGUCGAACUCGCAAAGUCCAUGGUGCAACACUUCUGUUUCUGCAUCAAGCAUUACGGGAAGAUUCUCAAUGCUACGCGGUCUUACUAUCUCACGCGGUCUCAACCUCCAUUUCUUACAGACAUGGCUAUCCGAGUCUACGAGAAGAUCGACAGCGAGCCAGGGGCGAAGGAGUUUCUUCGGAUUGCAAUUCUUGCGGCAAUCAAGGAGUAUCAUAGUGUCUGGACGGCUCAGCCCCGCUUUGAUCCAGCUACAGGUCUAUCACGAUAUCGUCCCGAGGGAUUUGGAGUACCACCAGAGACUGAGGCUACACAUUUCACCCACAUUCUCGAACCCUACGCGAAAAAGAACAACAUGACAUUCGAGGAGUUUGUCCAUGCCUACAACUAUCGCAAAGUCUCCGAACCUGAACUUGACGAAUACUUCCUUCACGAUCGAGCGGUCCGCGAGUCUGGGCACGAUACCUCUUAUCGAUUGGAAAAGGUCUGUGCCAACCUCGCAACGAUCGACUUAAACUCCUUGCUGUACAAGUACGAGAAGGACAUUGCAAAAUGCAUCAAAAACUACUUUGGCGACAACUUGAAGAUUCCCGCCGAAUUUUGCGUUGGUGAUAUGGAGCCCGGCCAUACCGAGACAUCCUCCAUGUGGGACAGACGAGCGAGGCGCCGCAAGCUCGCGAUGGACAAGUACCUAUGGAACGAACAGAAGGGUAUGUACUUCGACUACGAUACUGUCAAGAAGGAGCAAUGUACCUAUGAAUCGUGCACGACAUUCUGGGGCAUGUGGUGCGGUGCUGCCACUCCUCAGCAAGCUGCACGUCUCGUCGCCACGGCGCUCCCCAAGUUCGAGGCAGCGGGUGGCCUUGUAUCUGGUACUGAGGAAUCCAGGGGCGCUGUUAGUCUCACUCGACCGAAUCGACAAUGGGACUAUCCUUAUGGUUGGGCGCCUCAGCAGAUGCUGGCAUGGGGUGCGUUGGAGCGAUAUGGCUACCAUGAAGAAGUCCAAAGGCUGUCCUACAAGUGGCUGUUCAUGAUGACCAAGGCAUUCGUCGAUUAUAAUGGUGUCGUGGUUGAGAAGUAUGAUGUUACCAGACUUGUUGACCCUCACCGCGUGGAUGCAGAGUAUGGAAAUCAGGGGUUGGACUUCAAGGGCGUUGCCAAGGAAGGCUUCGGAUGGGUCAAUGCCAGUUAUGUCUAUGGACUUGGCUUCACGAAUGCCCACAUGCAGCGUGCCAUCGGAACACUCACCCCAUGGGAUCAGUAUGCUAGAGCUACCGAGAUCGGAGGCCCGAGUGCAGAGCUUUGA